UCAGAUUCGAUGAGUUCUUCGACUUUUCCCACUGCCUCCUCCAUCUUCAUUUCAGACUUUUGAGUUAAAUCAUGGAGCAGGGUCUAGGAAACUAUGUCAAAGAUGCAACAGGAAAGCGACCUGCACUCCGCGGCGGCCCCGCACCUCCUCGCCCUCUCCGCGCGCCCCGUCGGGGCACGCACCGACCCCCCGGCCGGGUCUCUCCGGGCCGCGGCGACUCGGAACACGACGGCCACCGCCGCCUUCUCUUCCUCAGCACAAGCCCCGGCGGCGAGCAGAAGGUCGCGGUCAGAGCCCCACCGGGGCCAAAGCGAGUCUCGCCGCCUCCGCAGCCUCCACGACCAAGUCCCUUCACUCGUCCGCGCCGCCCGGAGAAAAUGUCACCAGAGGCCGUUCCGCUCGGAGCCUCACUUCCGCCCGGAACCACAGAGCCUGAGCCGGUCGGCUAG